UUAAGUCAGUGCAGUUUUGCAAGAAUUUUUGAGUAGUUUAUUUUUAUACUUAGUAUUUUUUUAUGACGAAUAAUGGUAUCAUUAACAGCAUCAAGAUAAUAUAAAUAGUCUUAAAUAGCGAAAUAAAUCUUUAAGUGAAACUAUAACUGAUGCGAUCUAUGGAUUAACUUCUAAUAGAUAUUAUAUGAUCAAGCACAAUGGGGAUAAUACAAUCCGUUAUCUGUUCAUUCACAUUUUGUAUGGAAAGAGUUCUGACAUGGACCUGCUGCGCUUUCCUGCUGAUGCUGCUGAUGUUCUGUAUAGUCAUGCUGAUGGUGUACGGCAUCUCAGUGGGCUAUCACUACGCACAGAAAGAACUCGCUUCGUUCGCUAUGUCGUCGCGACAGACGACGGAGCCCGCCUUGUUGCGCGCCGGCCCAGAGAACAGGCCGGUGGUGCGUCUACUCGCUGUCAACAGAUCCGAGGAGGAAAACCCACCACAACCAGUACUUGAAGUUUACCGAACCAAGAAGCCUGGGGACCAAGAGCUUUUCAUCGAGAAGUCAGAAACACCAAUCGUGCUUCUAGAAACUGAAAGGCCUCCCAAAGAGCCGGAGUUAUCGCCUAACGAGCGGGAACUGGCGCGCAGACUCAUUGGUCGUUUCCGUCGUUCCCGCAACAACACAACGCCUUUCCUCAAACCUUUGAAGCCUUUUAACAUCACAUUCGUCGAUACAACACCACUGGCAACAUGAAACAUCCACUUCGUACAUGCUACCUCCUAUUGAGAUACCAUGUACUUAUACCUAACCUACAAUCAAAAGAUA